AUGAAUAAUAACAGAAAAUGCACAUCUGCCCCUGGAAUCACUCCUGAGAGCUCAGGAAUGGUCCCGAGCGCUCAGGAGUGCUAUCAACACCUCCUGCAAAUGUGGCUCACCACCAGUAUGAGGAACUGGUAUGAGCCACUGAUCUCCCUUAGACAGGAAAAACCAGAAGGCUUAGACAAAUUGCUGAAUCAAUCCCUAAGUUCUCCAACACUUGUUGCUAGCAUUUUCCUCUGUCGGUGUCAUAUUCUUAAGUGCCACAAAAAUGUAACCAAAUAUAAUUGCACCAAAAUACUCGAGGAUAAAGUUUUAUUUUCCGAACUUAUAUAUGUGGGACAUUGGUUGGUAAUUCUCAAGGAAGGUGUGGGCACUUUGGGAGAUAUGACUUUCACUGACAAUUCGAGCUGGACAAGGAGCAGAAAGUUUAGGCUUGGUCUAAAGGUUGCUACUAGAGAUUUCAAGGAGGUUCGUGUUCGUGAAGCUAAAACCGAGGCUUUUGCAGUGAAAGAUCAUAGGGGUGAAUGUGAUGUACAGAAACAUUACCCGCCUGCUUUGCGAGAUGAAGUUUGGAGAUCAGAUAGAAUAGCAAAGGAUGGAGCGCUGCACAAAAAGUUGAUAAAGGCUGAUAUCAUAACUGUUGAAAAUUUCCUCAGGGUUCUUGUUAGGGAUCCACAGAGGCUGAGAAGUAUUCUUGGAAGUGGAAUGUCCAAUAGGAUGUGGGAUAAUACUGUGGAGCAUGCGAAAAUGUGCGUUUUGGGUGAGAAGCUUUAUGUAUACUAUUCAGAUGGAACAAAUAGCAUGGGCGCUGUCUUCAAUGAUAUCUAUGAGCUUAGAGGCCUUAUUGCGAAUGGACAGUUCUUCCCUCUGGACUCGCUUACGCACAAUCAAAACGUUUCAGUGGAUUCACUAGUGAAAACAGCGUACGAGAAUUGGAACCAAGUUAUUGAAUACGAUGGCAAAGUUCUAAACUCUCUAUCAAUUAGAAACCACGGAACAAGAGCCUCAUUUGAGACUACAUCAGACCAAAAUCCAGUCACAAAGCAGCAACACAUCUCCUCCGAAUCAAUCCCACAAUGCCAAAUGAAAAACCAUCUCCCUUCAAACUCUCAGUUGAGUGAAUUCCCAUUCAUGAGGUCUGAUUCAAUGGCAGGAAUGGCUUCAUUGGAUUAUGGAUUGGUUGGAAUGUCAGAAUUCGGCGGUUCUUUUUUCCCAGGAGAAUGGUCAAGGCCAAGGGACUGCUGCUCCUUGCUCUCCCUCAACCUUUCCUCCUGUGAAGAGGUGAGGUGGCAUCAUUGUUUUAAAGUUUCACUCCAAGUUUUUUCCUUCUGGGCCUAGUAUUCUUGGUGGUGAGGACCUAUCAGAGAAAAUGCGCUCAAUGACUUUCCAACGGGAAGAUUUAAAGGGUCAAGAUUAAAACGUAGACAAUUAAGUAAAAACCUUUAUGGAUAAAAGUAGUCAAUUCUGUUUGAGACCAUGAGGUCCUCACGUACGAAGCAUACAAUCUCACAUUAAGGUCAUCAUAAAUUACAAAAAAGAAUGUUAAAGCU